AUGUCACGAAGUAUUUACGUAUUCACUUCUCUAACAGAAAAAGGUUUUUCAUUGGCUCGAGAUGGUAUUUUUCCAUUAUCACAUUAUUUUCGUUGGAUCUAUGAAGGAACAAAAGCUCCAUUAGCUGCUAUUAUAAGUGUAUUUGUGAUAAAUUCUAUUCUUUUAUUAUUUCAACUCAUAUCAACAACAGCUUUUUAUGCUUUUAUUACUCUUUCAACAAGUAGUUUACAGAUAUCUUAUUUAAUCCCAGUUUUAUUACGAUGUACAACAGCAAGAAAAACAUUUGUAUUAGGUGAAUUUAAUUUAGGUAGAUUAAGUAUCCCAAUAGCAAUAAUUUCAUCCAUAUGGUUAACAAUCACAUCAAUUAUUUUAUGUCUUCCACAAGAAUAUCCAAUGACAUGGACAAAUAUGAAUUAUUCUAUUGUAGCUAUUGUUGGAGUUCUAUUUCUUGCUGGAAUCUAUUGGUUUGUUUCUGCUCGUUAUUGGUUUACUGGUCCUAGAAGAAUAGAUUUAGAUACAACUCCAUUAUUAUCAGGACAUGUAACAAAUGAAAAUGGUGCAUUGAGAAUAAGUUCACCGGCUAAACAUAUUUAA